AUGGCAACGGACUCGACGGAGAACAUGUUGAAGGAGUUAUCGACACUCGAGAGGGACGAAGGCAUUCUGCGCCUGAGCAGUUGUUUUCAAUGGAGGGAGUUUGAAGGCGACGACCAGAGGCAAUAUUUGCACCAGGAGUUUGUGUAUGAGAGUGUAAUGUAUUGUGUGAAGCGUGGGCUUCCAUGGUCUGCAGUGGCACAAAUAGCAAAUAUGACUAAAGAGCUCCUCCCUGAGCUUAAAGGUCUGGAGAAAUCUGAAGUCAUUUCCCUGAUCCAGGCACGGCUGUCACAGUCUCACCCUCGACUCUCUCCUACUCAUCAUGCUGUCCUGGGUGACUUCAUUUUAAAGGACUAUCUUCGUCAUCAGUGCCUCUAUCAGGCUUUUUUAAAGGGCAAAGUGAACCUUAAAAGCAUGCAUUCCCAGCUUAAAAUCGAUGUUCCACCACAUCCUCUACCUCUUUGUGAAGGAACUGAUGUGGUGGUUUGGGAGAAGCAACAGGCUUUGAAGGAACUAAAGGCAGCUGAGGCAGAGAAACAGGCAGAAAUCCACGGACUCAAAGAGCAGGCUCAUGCACAACUGAUGGCAAAGCUGCAAGACACUCUUGGUGGCCUUUCACUCGAAAACCGACUAGACGAACAGGCAGUGAAGAUCAUGGUACGCACCUUUCUGCAGUCACAUGGGGACACUGUAAAAGAUAUGUUAAUGAAGGAAAUCAGAGCUGUACAAGAGCUGUUGGAACUAAGAUUGAGUCAAAAGUCUCGUUCUGGAGCAGGACACUCUUCACAUGUAUCAAGCUUCUCUGAAAAGCCAAACUCCACAAAAGCAAAAAAGAAAUAA